AUGGCACGUAUGGACGACGGGGAAGCCGUGAGAAUCCUGUCGCAAUACAUCAAGGGCUGCUAUCCACCAGGAGCUCUCUUGGAAGAUGGCUGGAAGGUGACAGCAUAUUACUACAACCAGAAGCCCACUGGUCCAGAUCAGCUCCAAAAUGGCAAAACAGCGUGGUGCACCAUGCACCUCAAAGCCAAGCCCCCAAAGACGUUCCAGCCUUCAGAUGGGCGGGGGAGGAAGGAUUGCUACUAUUCCUUCAAGGCUGUUGCUGUGGCAAUGGGCCUGCUGCCGUCCAACAGCCUAAUCAAAGAACUCACAGAGCCUGCCCGUGUCAAAGCAUACAAGCAGCUCACAGGAAACAAAGACAUUGGCGACGCUGGCGCAGGGCAAGAGGGCACUCGCCAAUCCCAGCGCACCAAGAGGCAUCCAGAAUCCUACAAGGAUUACCCCAGCACAGUGGCAGAUUCAGAAGAGAUACACACAGCCAAGAGGCAGAGCCAAGGAGCAACAGCAGCGGACGCAAGUCAUGCCGCAGCCGAAGUUGAAUCCCCAGCGGCUGUUGCAUGCAUUAUCCCGCAGCCUUCCAAGCAUGCAGGGCUGUCUGCAAGAGACCCCCGCAGAGCAGUUCUUACAGCACCGGAGACCAGUGAACCCGCAGGCAACAACCACAAGAGCAGCAGCAGCAGUCAGUUGGCCCAGCCAUGUGAAGCAGCAGCGCAGCGCCCGGCUUCAGCAUGGCUGGCAGACUUGCCGCAGAUCAGGCGCAGGAAUGACCACUCUGACAGGGACUGGCAAACUGAGCAGCUGAAACCCAGGAGGCACCCGAGUGACCACGCUGACAAGCAGCGGCAAACUGAGCAGCUUAAUCCCAGCAGGCAUGAGAGUUUCAACGCUGACAAGGAGCGGCAAAUUGAACAGCUGAAGCGCAGCGAGCACCAGAGGAGUAGUAAAGACAAGGACCGGCAGAUAGAGCAGCUGAAGCGCAAGUGCUGGGAUCUCAGAGUGGGGCUGGCUGUAAGAGACGAGGAGAUGAUUGCUGCUCUGCGCAAUGUCAAUCGGCUUGUCAGCGAGAACGGAGCUCUCAAGGCAGCCCUGAGCGAUCUGCAGUCUUGA